AGAUCCAUGGCAUGGAAGCGAUGCCAUGUGUCUUUGGUUAAAAAUGGCAGCGCUAGGCUAGGGUUCUUGGAGCUGGAAUCAUCUACGCAGCGGCGCCGAGUCGUGUAGGCGCGCUUGGCUGUUGGCGCUGCUCGUCCUGCGAUCGAAAUUCCAGCGAGUGCAUGGAGUGACUGUGGCAGGAGAAAGACGGUGAUGAGGAUACAAUGUGAUGUCUGUGAGAAGGCCGAGGCCGCUUUGGUGUGCUGCGCCGAUGAAGCUGCGCUUUGCGCCGCUUGCGAUGCCGAGGUCCAUGCGGCGAACAAGCUCGCUGGGAAGCAUCAGCGCUUGCCUUUGAGCUUCUCUGGGACUUCUCCUGUUUGCGACAUUUGCCAGGAGAAAACCGGCUGGUUUUUCUGUGUCGAGGAUCGCGCUUUGCUUUGCCGGGCUUGCGACGUAUCCAUACACUCGUCCAACGCGCACGCUUCCAGCCACAACCGGUUUCUAGUCACGGGUGUUAGAGUGGCUCUCAGUGCUCUUUCUGCCCAAGACUUUCUCGAAGUACCGCCUGUGACUCCGCAGCAACCCAGGAAGAACGCCUCGGCUUCAGGAGCCAGUUCGUCGGGAAAUUCGCUUUCGGCCAAUCGCACACCGGAGAGGUUUGAAACAGUCUCGAGAGCAGAGCCGGAGACUGUCAUGGAAAAACGGAGCACGAGUAGUACUAUUUCGGAAUAUUUAACCGAAGGGGUUCCUGGUUGGCGUGUCGACGAGUUGCUAAACAUUCCAGACAUGGCUUCCGGAUACUCUCUAAGUGAUAUUGGCUCAUCCAAGGCCGAAGCUGGAAACCUUGGAGAGUAUGACUGGCUCGCAGACUUGAGUCUGUUUGACGAGCAGUCUUACGCCGAGACGUUCCAUGAGGUUCCACAGAUGACUCCGUCAACCAUGCCUGCCUCUAAGCUUCCCCCCGCAAAAGGAAAAUCCAAACUUGGCAUGGCUGUCGUGCCAGAGGUUGACGAUUCGCUCUUGGUUCCUGACGUGUCUUUCCCAGCAAAGCGAAGACGAGCAUGGUCGUAAACAGCCCAGCGUGCUCGAGGAACGCCGACGCACUGUAUGAUAGUACGUGAAACUGGUGCUCGGAGGGGGUGAAGUAGCUCCGGUACGGGCACAGUAGAGUUUACUGUAUCCUUUUGGCAUCCAAUAAGACUUCGUAAAUCUCGAUAC